AGAGGGCGGAGUAGGAGAGAGAAAAAGCUCUCUCUUCGUCUGUGUGUGCAGUCACACUGGGCUCUCUCCCUGAUAUCUCUUCCUCUAUAAAUAUCAAAGCAGAGCCUCGGUUGCUCGAAUAAAUCGGUGCUCUGUUAAGGAUUUUGGCGCACUGUAAUUUGCUGCUAACGAUUCACAACUCUGUCUCUCAGGUUAGGGGCGUGUCGUUUUCUCAUACGCAACUCCGAUGGAUACUUAUCCGCUGCACAUGGCUAUGGCGGCUCUGAUAGGGGCCUCUGUCGUCGCUGUUUCGGCGUAUUAUAUGCACCGGAAAACCCUAACUCAGCUGCUGGAGUUUGCCAAGACUGUCGAGAGGGAAAGGGAGAGGGAUGAUAACUUGGAGGUUGACUCGCCUCAGCAUUCGAAGAAGCAGCGCGGCCAUGUACGGCGGAAGGGGAACGGCUACAAUCGGCGAGGCUCCGCUUCGCUGCCGGACGUCACUGCUAUUUCCGGUGGGACUGAUGGAGACGAGAAGCGAAAUGGACAGGUGCUUCUGGACGUGAUUCCGGCAGGGCUGCCGAGGUUACACACACUUCCUGAAGGGAAAAAUUCUACCAAGAGAUCAAUUCGGCCUACUUCACCGAAGUCACCCAUUGCAAGUACGAGUGCCUUUGAGAGCGUUGAAGGAUCGGAUGAAGACGAUAAUAUAGCUGAGGAUACUAAAUUAAAUUCAGCAUAUCUGCUUGCUAAUGGAAAUGCAGGUGCAGAAUGUAAGGGCAUAUUUGAAAAUCUUCCUGAUCACAUUAAUGCCAGUGGUGAGCAGAUUGCGUUGGCUGCUUCAAGUAUGAUUCGAUCUCAUAGUGUAUCAGGUGAUCUGCAUGGUGUUCAGCCUGAUCCAAUCGCAGCUGAUAUUUUGAGGAAAGAGCCUGAGCAAGAAACCUUUGUACGGCUCAAAAUUACCCCAUCUGAGGUACCAUUACCUGAUGAAGUAGAGUCAUAUCUGGUUCUUCAAGAAUGCCUUGAGAUGCGUAAACGAUAUGUAUUCAGGGAGGCUGUUGCUCCAUGGGAGAAAGAAGUCAUAUCCGACCCCAGUACACCGAAACCUAAUCCCGAUCCAUUUCAAUACACUUCUGAGGGCAAGUCUGAUCAUCAUUUUGAGAUGCAAGACGGGGUCAUUCACGUCUAUGCAGACAAAGAUUCGAAGGAAGAACUUUUUCCUGUUGCUGAUGCAACCACCUUCUUUACUGAUCUUCAUCACAUACUUAGAGUCACUGCAGCAGGAAACAUUAGAACUCUGUGCCACCAUCGACUGAAUCUUCUCGAACAGAAAUUCAAUCUUCAUCUGAUGCUUAAUGCGGACAAGGAAUUUCUGGCUCAGAAAAGUGCUCCACACCGUGACUUUUACAAUGUCAGGAAAGUUGAUACUCAUGUUCAUCACUCCGCGUGCAUGAACCAGAAACAUCUCUUAAGAUUUAUAAAGUCCAAGUUGAGAAAAGAGCCUGAUGAGGUUGUAAUAUUUCGGGAUGGUACGUAUUUGACCUUGAAAGAAGUUUUUGAGAGCUUGGACUUAUCUGGGUACGACUUAAAUGUUGACCUCUUGGAUGUUCAUGCUGACAAGAGCACAUUUCAUCGCUUUGACAAGUUUAAUCUUAAAUACAACCCCUGUGGUCAAAGUAGGCUCAGGGAGAUCUUCCUAAAGCAGGAUAACCUAAUUCAAGGCCGUUUCCUUGGUGAGGUGACCAAACAAGUAUUUUCUGAUCUUGGUGCAAGUAAAUAUCAGAUGGCUGAAUAUCGGAUAUCUAUAUAUGGAAGGAAGCAAAGUGAAUGGGAUCAACUUGCCAGUUGGAUAAUUAAUAAUGAUUUAUACAGUGAAAAUGUCGUGUGGUUAAUUCAGCUGCCACGACUUUACAAUGUGUAUAAGGAAAUGGGGAUUGUGACUUCAUUUCAAAACAUUCUUGACAACAUCUUCAUUCCAUUAUUUGAGGCCACGGUGGAUCCAGAUUCACAUCCGCAGUUGCAUGUAUUCUUGAAACAGGUUGUUGGUUUGGAUUUGGUUGAUGAUGAGAGCAAGCCUGAACGACGCCCUACCAAGCACAUGCCAACACCUGCUCAGUGGACGAAUGUUUUUAAUCCUGCAUUCUCAUACUAUGUCUAUUACUGCUAUGCCAAUCUCUAUACACUAAACAAGCUUCGUGAAUCAAAGGGCAUGACCACUAUAAAUCUUCGUCCACAUUCUGGAGAGGCUGGUGAUAUUGACCACCUUGCUACAACUUUCCUAACUGCUCAUAGCAUUGCACAUGGAAUCAAUUUGAGGAAGUCUCCAGUUCUUCAGUACUUAUAUUAUCUAGCACAGGUUGGUCUUGCUAUGUCUCCCCUUAGCAACAACUCCCUGUUUUUGGACUAUCAUCGGAAUCCAUUUCCCGUAUUCUUUUCUCGUGGUCUAAAUGUCUCUCUUUCUACUGAUGAUCCUCUUCAAAUCCACCUAACAAAAGAACCUCUGGUGGAAGAAUAUAGCAUAGCUGCUUCGGUCUGGAAGCUGAGUUCAUGUGAUCUAUGUGAAAUAGCUCGCAAUUCUGUCUACCAAUCAGGUUUCUCUCAUGCUCUGAAGGCGCAUUGGAUUGGAAAAGAAUAUUACAAGAGAGGACCAGCAGGAAAUGAUAUUCACAGAACAAAUGUGCCACACAUCAGGGUGGAAUUCCGUGACACGAUCUGGAGAGAGGAAAUGCAGCUGGUUUAUCUUGGGAAGGCCGACCUUCCUGAUGAGAUUGAAAAGUGAUGAGCAGUGAUGAAACACUUAAGACCACACUGGAUUAUUUAUAUUCUUAGGUGGUAGUUCGAAGGUUCGGUUAUUUGGGUGUCAUUCGAUCGCCUCGACGAAGGAGCUGGAUUUUGAUUCAUGUUGUUGCACCCGGACGAAGAAAUUUGAAGCGGGGGAGAAGGAGAGUAUAUACAAAAAGUGCAAAUGGUAGCUGAGGGUCUGUCUAGCCGAAGCUUUGAUGUGGGCAUAGUUUAACGUUGGUAGUAUGAGAAAUACUUCUUAUUGGGAUAAGAUCGGCACUUUAGAUCCCAAAGACAAUCUACUAAGUAUAUGGAUAUAUGGAUAAUAUAUAGAUACAUAUUUCUAUACGUAGCCUAAAUAAUCAUAAUGUUGGGAAAUAAUAAGAGGACAUCAAAAUAAAGAUAUACUGCUUCCCCAUGGUUCUAAGGGGGAAAGCUUCC